AUGAAGUUAAUAGUUGGGCGACCGCGUCCGGAUUUCUUCUACCGUUGUUUCCCCGACGGCGUGGAGACCGCCGAACUUCAGUGCACGGGGGAUCCGAUGGACGUAAUGGAGGGACGCAAGUCUUUCCCCAGUGGGCACAGUAGUUGUUUCACAGCGUUAUGGCUAUGCGGUCGCUUGCGCGCCGUGUCUAGAUGUCGAGGCAGCGCCGCCAGGGUUCUCGCUUGCCUGGUUCCUCUCAUGAUGGCGCUGUGCGUAGCUCUGUCGAGGAGUUGUGACUACCACCACCACUGGCAAGACAUACUCGUUGGCUCGACACUAGGUUUCACAGUGGCGGUGUUCUGCUAUCGCUAG